ACCCACCGCCAGCCGAUGCGAUCCGAUUCGACUCAUCCGCCCCGUGGGCUGGCCGUCCGCAAUUCGUGUUCCGUGGUACAUUUGUCGAGUGCGGCUGCUGCUUCGCCCAGUCGUUUGCCGUUUGUCAACCGUUAGCCAGCGUUUGCCGUGAGCGCUAGUUUCUUGCAAGGAAUUUAUAUAUAUAUAUUAAAAUAUAUAUAUAAAGUAGAAGCAAGUGAUAGCAACUGAAUCUGAAUUCGCAAAAUCUGUGUAUAAAUUCGUCGCCAGAAACCCAAAAUAGUUCAACUAAUAUUAUUUAGUGUUCAGCUAAAAAGUGUUUCAAGCAUAUUUCAACAAAAAAUGCAGUACAUCUAUGUGAUUAGUGCGCUGAUUUUGGCCAUCGCCGUGCAGCAAGGAUAUGCCAUCAAGUGCUUUGUCUGCAACAGCCACAAAGACGCCAACUGUGCGCUGGACAUACCGCCGGACAAUCUGCUGAAGGACUGCGAUGAGCAGUACUCGUCCCGCGGCAAGGGGAUUCCCACGUACUGCCGCAAGAUUACGCAGAUCAUCGAGUUCUCGGUGAACAGCCUGCCUCCGGAUAGCCGUGUGAUUAGGACCUGUGCCUAUCAGAACCAGACCUCCACCAACUAUUGCUAUCAGCGUGCCGGUUUUGGUGGUCGGCAGGUGGUCUGCUCCUGCGAUACGGAUAACUGCAACGGAGCCGGAGCGAUGGGCGCAUCGGCGGUGGGCGUGGCAGCCAUGGUGGGCCUCCUGCUGAGCGCCCGUCAGUAUCUGCAGCGUUAAGGACGAGAAUCGAGGGUGUCCCUCAGUUGUUUUUGUUUGUUUUAUCGAUGCAUCCACCCAGUUUUUCUUUCGUAUUGCUGCUGCUGACUCUUUGACUUCUGUGACACUUUCACCGCUUUCUCCCGCCCCCCCUCACAUCAUCAACAAGGUCCACUCGCAGAGCUGCUCCAGAGCCAGCUCUGGCCCAGCCUGAUUUUGUAACAUUUUUUGAAUGGAGAACCGUAAAAGCUUUAUACAAAGUAUUAAAUAAUAACAUAAUUCCCUAACUAGAAGUGUAUAUAAAAAACCAAAGAGAGCAUGUAAACAAUUGGCCAAUAUAAUCGUUCAAAUCUUUUUACAUUAACAGGCAUUUUGCAACUAACGUAUUAAACGAAAUCAAGGAAAAUAACGAAUAAAUAAAACUAAACCCUACCGCAGUUGAAAGUAUUAAACAAAUCAAAAAUAACGAAUAAGUCAAAGAUGGCCACAAAGCUAACGAUGUUAAAAAUUAAGGCUACCCACAAAAUAAAAGUAGUACAUAAUAAAUGUUAACACUCUUCGCCUAAGUUUGUCUAUUUUUAUUUAACACAAGACUCGAACUAAAUUUCGGCAAUAGCUAACAUUAAAAAAUUUAAACAAUUUUAACGUAAUGCUCAACGAGGCGAACACUUCAUAGAAUAAUUAGCAAGCAAUUGGGUUGAAGGUCGUCCCUGGAUAACCCAAAAUGAUAGUUGUGACACGCUUAGGGGCGACGACCACGCCCAGCCCACAUCUCCGCACUCCCGAGGGGAAAACACUCGUUGUUGUAACCAACUGCCAAAAAGGAUAACUUUGAAGUCGUUUCAUCUACCGCAUAGGCACCACCACCCAGCAAUGAGAAAAUGAAUAUAAAACUAUUGGGAUUUCCAGUAGGGGAAACACCAAUGAAACCUUUUGUCCAAAGUAGCAAAUAAUUGCAGAAUCAAUGAAAUACAUUAAAACGUUACACAAACCGAAGCAACAAAUACAUUGUUUUUAGUUCUUUUAGCAAAAUAACAGUUUAUAGUAAAAAUUUUUUUAGUUAAGAAUCUCCUCUU